AUGGUCGAGAUUAUUGGGUGGACCCCAUCAGAAAAAGGGGUAUGUUGUCAUUAAAAUUAAAGAAUAAAGCAAGAAUGAUUGUAGGGAAAUCGAGAUGGUGUGCUAAAUAGAUUCAUAACGCCGUUCAGAAACAUCAUUGAAAACGAACAUGACUGUAAUAUUGUUGCUCACUCUCAGAAAAUGAAAAAACCCUGAUAAUUAUAUUCUCAGAUCCCAGGGUACGCUCCGGACACCGAUGCUUCACUGAUAACGACUACUUUUACGUGCUCGGAGGUUAUACGAGUGCUGAAGGGGGUCGCAUUUUCAAGGAAGUGUGGGCAAUGAGCUUGGCGACGUUCGAAUGGAGACGCUAUGAAGCGAAGGGAUCCAUGCCAUCCACCCUGGCUUCUUUCGCAAGUCGGUUAUUUCAAAUUUUCAAUUCAUCAAACUAUCAUAUUGCAGUCAUCCAACUUCAUCCGUUCUCAAAGUCUUUCCUCCUCUUCGGAGGCAGCGGCACACGCUUCGGCACUUCCUCUUCAAACCGGCUUUAUCUUGCCCACGUCGACAAUGAAAAUUGCACUGUGGAGUUCCGUAAACUGAAACCCGAAGGUGACAUUCCUCGUCCAAUUUACGGGCACGCGAUGUGUGCGGGAGAGAUUGCGGGAAAGUAUUAUAUUGUGGGAGGAACGGAAGGAAGCGUCUUCAACUUCAAAGUCUAUUCGCUAACCGUAAAAGAAAAUCCGGAAGCCGAAGAAGACGACGAAAAGUUCACGUGGCGUUUCGAGCUCAAGGCUCUCAACGAGGUUUGUGUAUUGCUAAGAAACUUGAAGGACGCUCAGUCUCUUCAGGAUUUACCAGGAAGAUACAGGCUGGAAACAGUUUACGACGAAAAAAGCGAUUGCCUUCUGUUCUUCGGAGGAGGAAACGCCGCUGAAAUUUUCGAUUUCAACAAAGUAAGAGAACCCACAUGCGCUCUCACUGAAAACUAUAUAUUGACAGAUCGCUGCUCUCCACGUUACUACAAACGAGUGCUCUGAGAUCACAACCGUCGCCGAUCCGCAGGCGGGAUUCCCUGUCGGCCGUCGAUGUCACACUCUCGUUCGCCACCAUAGGAAAGUAAUCAUCACCGGCGGAGUUCACAAAUUCGACGAAGACGAUCCCGUUAGAAAAUGAGCGCCUCUCAUUUGACUUCAUGUUUUCACUUUUAGCAACCACUUCAUUCCGAUGUUUGGAUCUUUGAUUUGGACACUUUCUCGUGGACGAAAUUCGCAUAUUCUCUGCCGCAGCCAGUGUUCUUUCACGACUCGGCAAUCACUUCCGACGGAUGGUUGCUCACUUUCGGCGGUGUGCACGGACGUCAUCCGCAAUCGCCAAGAAGCAACGUGCUCAUUUGUUCGUGGUUCGACGUUCCAUCGCUCAGACGAUUCGCAGUGGAAGCUCUCAGAUCUUCUCGUCCGAAGGUUCCUCAGCCAUUUGACUCCCUUUCCAAAUAAAACACUCUUCCAGCUGUUCUCAGGCCUGUACGGAGGAAAUCUCUGCCCGAGCCAAGCUCAUAAACUCAUAAUGUUAUGUCUGAAAAUUGGAAGCACAGAAGAGAAUGAGAAACUGAUCAUUGAGCAAAAGCAGAUUAAGUUCCACGAAAGAGAAGACAGAACUCGCCAUUAUCUAAACGAAGACGCUGCGAAUUUUCUCGUCAGUGUGAGUUGAGCCUAGAAUUUCCGUGACAUUCGUUGGAAAUAUCCCAUCUCGCUUCAUUUUAUAUUUCUAUCUCUAUUCGUUUAAAAAAUGAACUCACCAAACAGUGGUAGUUUAGCGGAUAUCCUCGGAAAGUGUGGAAAACGACUCAAUGAAUUAGAUUCAGCACAUAGGGCGAUAAUGGUAAAUUCGCACGUAGUCUACAGUUUCAAAACGGUAAUUAUUAGCAACUCGAUAGAAUUCAAUGGGAAAGACGGGAGAGAGAGGGCGUCUCUGUGUUCUUGGAAUACAGAACCCCCAGAAUUGAACGUUUGAGAGAAGCGAUGAAACUGUUGAUGAUGUGCAGGUGAAGAAACAUUCGACUGUAGAAAAAGCAUUCGAUGAAAUUGACAGAAAUAAGAUGGGUGGGAGUGCUGUUGGGGCGGAGAUUGAGAAACUCGUUGAUGCAUGGCGAAUUGUGGUAAAUAAAAUAAACAACUUUCUUUGAAAAGUAUAGAAAUCUAUUUUGCAGCACGGCACGGAACCUGACAACGAAAGAAUUCACGCCCGCCGCUUACAAAACUGUGGGUUUUGCUACGAACUUCCGUUUUCAUCUGAAUGUUCAGUGAGAAACCGUUUGAAUGGUAAUCUGGAGCGAGACUUCCUCGACAAUCAUCAAUUGGAGGGGCAGCAGCGCGAGCUCGCAAGAGUCGGGGACUUUCGGGCACUAGCACCUGCCGGAAUCCCAUUCCAUCUGCUAAGACGUGGUUGGAAUGAACUCAUUGAAUACGGGAUAGGACGAUUGCCAGAAGUACGGGAUGCUGUUGUGGUAGACGAGGAGUCGGGAGACGACGAAGACGAGGAGGAAGAGGACGACUGGGUUGAUUUGCUGGAGGACCUGGAGGAGAGGCAAGAUGGCGAGGAAGAACGAGACGUAGAUCAGCAUUGA